AUAGUGUCUGUGUUUUGCUUUUCAGACCGGAGCAUUGGAGGGUCAGACAUUCAGAAAAACUGGACAAUUAGUGGAACUUAGUGAGCAGCAGCUGGUAGACUGCUCUGGAAACUUUGGGAACAUGGGCUGCUCAGGAGGCUGGAUGGAUCAGGCUUUUGAAUACGUGAAAGCCAAUAAAGGUCUGGACACAGAGAACUCCUACCCCUAUGAAGCUCGGGAUGGGGUUUGCAGAUAUAAUCCAUCCACUGUUGGAGCCACCUGCAGUGGCUACGUGGAUAUAAUGAGCGGGAAUGAGAAUGCCUUGCAGGAAGCAUUGGCCACUAUCGGACCUAUUUCUGUAGCCAUAGAUGCAGGACAUUCAUCUUUCCAGCUUUAUCACUCAGGUGUCUAUAAUGAGCCUGAAUGUAGCAGCACUUCCCUUGAUCAUGGUGUCCUUGCUGUUGGUUAUGGCACUGAAGAUGGACAGGAUUUCUGGCUGGUAAAGAACAGCUGGGGUCUUGAAUGGGGCGAUGGCGGUUAUAUCAAGAUGUCAAGGAACAAGUAUAACCAGUGUGGCAUUGCCACACAUGCCAGUUAUCCUCUGGUUUAAAGGCAUAAACAGUGAUUGUUGAUCAUUUGGAGUCUUUUCCUCUUUAAUGUCUUAUUAAACAUACGUUUUUAUGAGAUGUCCUAUUCAAGACUUCUAGAUGGUGUCUUCUAUGUGAACAAAUAUCUCACAAUAAAUGAUAUACCUCAUUAGCCAAACGCAGAAUAAUUAAAAAAUCUAAUAACGAGUGGAGCGGAUCUAUUUAAUGAUUCCGCAGGUGUCGGAAAUCCAACGCAAUGCUGCAGUACUGUAAAAUACCGUACCAUAACAUUCUGCCUCCAUCAUCAAGAGGAUUUACAACCUCACAGACACAAAUGUGUUUAUACCUCAGACUAAUCCUACUGUCUUUUUGUUUUAGACUUUUUAAUUAUAAAUGUUUAACACAGAAUAAUGGAUUUAUAUUUGAUAUAAUUCUGCAGAAAGGUAUUGGUACACUGUCUUUCAUUGCUGCUAUACAUUGUAUUACCAAAAUCUGGGAAAAUCCUUAGCAAUACUAAUCAUUGCGUUUAGCUCAAAUGUCAUGAUUUAUUAUGCAAUAUUAAUCAGUUCAAUAAAGCUUAAUAAAACCUUCA